AGGUUGUUUAAAUUAAAAUCAUCAAAACGCCCAAAAACGUGUACGGACAAUUAAACGCCCACAAUUCAGCAUCAGUCAUGCCACUGGCUGACUCAAAUAGAGAUCUGAGAUCCCUACAGCAGCAGCAACAGCAAGUGGAAGCCAACAGCAACAGAAUCAGCAAUAGCAACGAUGCUGAGCAAACUCGGCUGGAUAAUGUCAGUUCUACAGCUGCAACAACGGCGACAAAAACAUCAACUGCGGCGGCAACAACGAUGGGCCUGCAACUGCGACAACGCAUGCAAAUUACCUCUUCUAGCUGCAGUAGUCUUGCGGUGACACCGAUGGAUCACACGCCCACGGAUGAGGAUAGCGGCGCCGUGACAACAGUGACCUCAUCUCAGCGUCGUCAACACCAGCAGCAACAACAGCAGCAGCUACAAACAGCACUCGAACAACAUCAUAUAACACCAAGCAAAGUCUCCGAACAGAUGGAGCUAAGCGACUCGGAAUCUUAUGGUGCAGCUAGUUAUAAUGAAUUCGAAUUGCGCGAAGUGAUCAAAGAGGGUCACGAUAAAGCGGAUCCUUCUCAAUUUGAGCUGUUACGUGUACUUGGCGAGGGCAGCUUUGGCAAAGUAUUUUUGGUGCGCAAGAUUCUAGGAAAAGAUGCGGGCACUCUGUACGCCAUGAAGGUCUUAAAGAAAGCCACACUUAAAAUUAAGGAUCGCGUGCGCAGCACCAACGAGCGAAAAAUUCUUGCUGAUGUAGGGCACGCAUUUAUCGUACGUCUACACUAUGCAUUCCAAACACCUGGUAAAUUGUAUUUAAUACUGGAUUUUCUGCGCGGAGGUGAUUUGUUUACACGACUAUCCAAGGAGGUCAUGUUCACUGAGGAAGAUGUGAAGUUCUAUUUGGCAGAGCUGGCAUUGGCGCUCAAUCAUCUGCACACAUUCGGGAUCAUAUAUCGCGACUUGAAACCAGAAAACAUUCUCCUCGAUGAACAUGGGCAUAUCGCUUUGACAGACUUUGGUUUGUCUAAGCAACCUCUGGAUGGCUCUAAGACGUAUAGUUUCUGUGGCACGGUUGAAUACAUGGCCCCCGAGAUUGUAAAUCGCAAGGGUCAUGACUUUGCUGCCGACUGGUGGUCAUUCGGUGUCCUUAUGUACGAAAUGCUAACCGGGAACCUGCCUUUUCAUGGACAGACACGCCAAGAGACCAUGAAUCAAAUAUUACGCUCCAAGUUAGGCAUGCCCGAGAAUCUAUCACCAGAAGCACAGUCUUUGCUGCGUGCGCUCUUCAAACGCAACCCAUUGAAUCGACUAGGUGCUGGCGCGCAAGGUAUAUUGGAUAUUAAAGCGCAUUGUUUCUUUUCCACCAUUGAUUGGGUACGUCUGGAACGUAAACUGGUGCGUCCACCAUUCAUACCGGCAGUCAGUCGUGAUGAUGCUUUCUACUUUGAUGUGGAGUACACUUCCAAGUCGCCACGGGAUUCGCCAGGUGGUCCAAUAUCCGCAUCUGCACACGAAAUAUUUCGUGGCUUUAGCUUCGUGGCACCCAUCCUACUAGAGAAUAAUACUAAUAUCAGCUGCUCCAAUAAUGUCAGUCCCAUUCACGCUACUCUACCGGCUGCCUCAGUACCGUCUGUGGUGGCGGCACCAGGGCCACGCAGCUUGCCUGGUGUCCUACCUGGUAAUUUCUUGUCCGAAUAUAAUUUGCUCCAUGAAUUGGGACGUGGGACGUUCUCUGUAUGUCGUCUGUGCGAGCAUCGCGCAUCCAAAAAACACUACGCUGUGAAGAUCAUUGAAAAGGCGGCUAUAGCUGCAGCCUCCCCUGCAACAGCUGAUUGCUGGGAGGAGGUAGAGAUAAUGCUGCGCUACGGUAAUCAUCCGAAUAUUGUGACACUAUAUUCAGUGUACGAAGAUGCCAGCUCUGCGUAUUUAGUUAUGGAGUUGCUUAAGGGCGGCGAACUGCUCGAUCGCAUCUUGGCAGUUGAGCAAAUGUGCGAGAGUGAGGCUAGUGCAGUUCUACGUACGAUUGCCGCUGCAGUCGCUUAUUUACACGAGCACGGAGUCGUUCACCGAGAUCUGAAACCUUCGAAUAUGAUCUACGCAAGCAUGCGACAAACGCCUGAAACGCUUAAACUCUGUGAUUUGGGUAAGUCUGAAUAUCGAGGAGAUGGACUAAGU